AUGAUUCAGAGUGCUAAAGAACCCUCAGAUGCAAUGUUCUAUAUUGCUCAAGCUCAUAUACUUGCAAAAAAAGCGAAACAAUGUGUCAGCAAAUUGAAUGAACUGUUAUUAUCGGCAAAUUUAUCCAAGUUCUAUAUUGACCUGCAUUUUAUGAGUGUUAAAUCUGCUCUUAAUCUUGUUCAAACAAAAUUGUCUGCAAUAGAUAGACCUUCAAAGCUAAGACAUGGGCCAUCCGGGAACGAGCUUACUAUUGUUACUGGCUAUGGAAAAUAUAUUUAUGGGCAAGCAAAAAUCAAACCAGCGGUUAUAAAUUGGCUUCAACAGUCUGGUUUUAUUCUCCCAAGAACAAUAAAGGAAUAUUAUUUGUCAAAUACCUUAAUAACGGAUUGCAUUCUAAGAAGUAAACGACAGCAUCGAAAGAGAUCGAUGUUCCCUGUGAAUAGGCCUGUUCUGUCGUCACCUUUACCUGAUAAACUCAUCUGUAAAAGCAAGGAGAAUGCAGCUUCAGCAAAAGCAAUUCGUCUCCAUCCAUCAUCAGCUAGAGUAAUGCAUUGUUUAUCGUCAACGAGUUAUCCACCAACGGUAUCUGAUUACGUGCAUCGGCGCGUGUUACGUCAGGCAGUUGCUGCUAUCUGUAAGCAGGUGGGAUUUGAAGUAGUGGAAGCUAGUGCACUCGAGCUGCUUACGCACAUGAUUAAUUCUUAUAUCAGUGAACUGGCGGCAACUACUCGCCAAAUGACAGAACAUGCUGGUCGUACUAUAUCAACACCAUCAGAUACUAUUAUGGGCUUAGUAGAUAUAGGCGCUGCAGUUACUAAUUUGCCAGCAUUUUUAAAAGAAGCAACUUCUAAAGGUUCAUUAGUGAUAGCACCACCUCGUAUGCAAAAUUCACCUCAUGUGCAACAACAGCUUCGUGUUGGUAGUUUGCGUCCACGCCCUUCAUAUAUUCCAGAUUGGUUUCCACCAUUUCCUGAUUCGCACACAUACGUACGUACGGAAAUAUCUGGUGAACCAGAGCCAUCUUACGAGAAAGCUCGUGAGGGUUUGGCAUUGUUGCAUCGAAAUACUAUCGUUUCGCUAAAGGAUUUUGUUUUACGUACGAAUUGUUCUAUUUCAUUAUUUGAUGCUCAUAAGCAGCGCAUCGUGAAAAAGAUUUCUGCUGCAGCUGAAGAACGAAGUCAUCAACGAAAGGCUGAAAGGAUGGCAUCUGUGGAGGGAAAUGUAGACAAGGGGAUGAUGAAUGGUGGACAGUUUUCAGCUGUGCCUGCGGCUUCGGAGGAGAAUGAACAAUUGAAAGAUGCAAAGUUGGAAUAUGUCAGUAAUGUUUUAAGCAGUAUGUUUGAGGAGGAAAAUGAGACGAAUAUUAGCUUGCUGGAAGCAGAAGUACCUACUUUUGGAGAAAUUAUCGAACCUAAAACAAACAGCAGACCAUUUUUGGAUGCUCUGCUUUUCGAUGUGCAAACAGAAUCCACGUCGAAAAAAAGAAUCAAGUCAUCGGGGAACUAUAUUGCGGAUAGUAACCCUUUCUUGCGUCCUCCUAAAGUCCCUUCUAUGUUGGAUGACGAGGUCACGCUGCAUGAACAUGAGUGA